GAUAAAAAGACACAAGGCCAAAAAAAAAGGGCACGCGCCGACCGCCGGCCCCAAGGUCUCAGGGAGGGCCGAAUGGGCAAGGCAGCAAAGAAAAUCACUCCGUUUUCUAGUCUGUCAUGACUGGGCGAGCCCUUUACUUUUAUCACGGCUGCUCCCUCUUCUUCUCCUCCCGACCUCUCGCAGAUGACCGCUGCGUUAGUAACUUAGUAUACCGAGUCACCACUGAGCAACUACACCAGAAAGACGCCUUGACGCGCCUCGUCGCCGCUCCCAAAUGGCGGGCUCCGUGACGACGACGGCGGCGGCGACGACGGGAGAACCUGCGGCGACGGCAGCAACACCACCACCGCCAACGCCAGCAGCAGCAGCAGCAGCAGCAGCCGCAGCGGAACCGGCCAGAAAGAAGCCGAGACGGAACCAGUCCUUCACGGUCAACGACGAUGGCGACGCCCAGCACCGGUGGCAGCCGUCCGGGCCGACGCUGGCGCUCCGCAAGGACAGCGUGGGCGGGCCGUUUGGCUUCCUGAACCCGACGACGGCGCUGUACGACAUCCGCAGCAACGACGAGCCCGGCGGCGCGCGCCAGGACCUGGCCGACCUGACCGACGCCGAGCGCCAGGAGCGCGCCAAGGUGCGCUGGAACGCCCGGGACUACCGCAAAGGCCGGCACAUCCUCAUCCUCCCGCGCGCCGCGCCCCUCAGCGCGCGCAUCCAGUCGAGCAACAGCCCGCACAGCAUCCUCCGCGGCCUCGGCCGCAUGCUCACCCUACACCCCUACUGGGACGUGUCGUGGUGGAUCGGCGUCUCCUUCACCGUCGGCUGCCUGCUCUUCGUCGUCGCCGGCUUCUUCUACUGGCUGCCCAUCGCCUACCCGCGCACCGAGUUCCCCCACGAGGCCGACGUCGCCGGUGGCGUCCUCGUCUUCAUUGGCGCCACCCUCUUCCAGGUCGGCGCCGUCCUGCUCUUCCUCGAGUCCUACAACGACCGCGCCGAGACCCAGUUUGGCGGCGCCGUCGAGGACCUCUUCGUGAACCGCCUGGGUGUCGUCCGGAGGGGCCGCCGCCGCAGGCACGUCCACUUUGAAGCCCCUGUGGGCGCUCAGAGUCGGCAGCAGCAGCGGCAGCAGCGGCAGCAGCACGCUCGCCCUCGGCCGGACUCAUUGUCGACGCCAAGCAGCGAUGGCAAGGAGGAAGCGGGUAAGGAGGGCCCAGGGCACCGUUCGCCUUCUCCUCACGGCUCUCCCGGCCACGUCGACCGCCGCGACCACCACGAUGAUGAUGAUGAUGACGACAACGAGCAGCAGCAGCAGCAGCAGCAACAGCAACAGCAACAGCAGCAUCACGGCCACGUCUUCGAAGAGCGCCAGUGGCAGUGGUGGCCGUCCUGGCACGACGUCCGCUCCCACUAUAUGUACGAGAUUGGCUUCCUCGCCUCCUUCACCAUGUCCGUCGGCGCCACCGUCUUCUACAUAAGUGGCAUCCUCGCCCUGCCCGGCAUCUUCGACAACCUCAGCGAGGCUGCCCUGCAGGGCGCCUACUUCUUCCCCUAUCUCCUCGGCGGCGUCCUCUUUGCCGUCUCCUCGCUGCUCUACAUCCUCGAGACCCAACCCAACUGGUACACGCCCCAGCCCUUCAAGAUCGGCUGGCACGUCGGCGUCUGGAACAUGAUCGGUGGCGUGGGCUGGACCCUCGCCGCCUCCUGGGGCUACUGCACUCCCAGCUGGUGCAAGUACCAGAGCGAACUCGCCCUGAUAUGGGCCUCGGCCGCCUUUAGCGUCGGGAGCGCCCUGCAGUGGUACGAGUCACUGGACAAGUACAUUGUGAUCAUCAAGGAUUGAGACGAUGAGGUCAAGUACUUCACCUUCAGCGCUCACCAGAUCUUCUCUUAUCUUCUCUGGUGCCAUUGCAAUCAUCGACGACGGAACACGACGCAUGGCCAUUCGCGACGCCGUACAUGACGUGAAUAACAAUUGACUCUACAGUUGCACCUGUUGAGAGCUGACUCCGAAUGCUAUAAACACUUUCAAGUGUCCACA